GUUGUUAUGGUGAGAGGCAUCACCACAUCUUUGAAAUAUCCAUUCUUUUGUCUGGCUACUGAUGGAGUGUCUGCAGCUACUUUAUAUCCACCUAUAUGGGAAACUGUAAGAAUUUUGACGAUUGAAUGCGGCUUAAAACCAUUGUUUAUAACAUGUGAUGGGGCGACGCCAAACAGAAAAUUCUUCAACCUACAUCUUGAUGAAAAUUUACAAAAUACAUUUUGGUCUUGGAACCCAUACUCGUUUCCCAACAGAAAAAUGUUUUUCAUAUCAGAUGUCCCACAUUUACUGAAAACAACAAGAAACUGUUUCUCAAAUUCUGGAGCACAUAACUUGGUACGACAUCUUUGGAAGAAUGGGAAAUGUAUUUCAUGGACCCACAUCAUCCGUUUGUAUGAGGAUCAUGUGGAGACCCCAUUAUUUUCCCUCUGCCCCAAACUUACCAGACAUCAUGUUCAUUUAUCGUCAUUUGCAAAGAUGAAAGUGAACCUAGCUGCACAAGUGCUCAGUAAGACAGUUGCGGAUGCUCUAGAAGAUCUUUAUGGGGACCAUGUUGCAGAAACUGUCAAAUUUAUUCGGCACAUGAAUCGUUUCUUCGACUGUCUGAACACCAGAAAUUUAGAGGAGGCAAAACGCAAGAGGAACCCUGAUCUUGAGGCAUAUAGGACACCAGACGACCCUAGACUUCAGUACCUGAGUGAUGAAUUCUUGCAAUAUUUCAAUGAUUGGGAAACGGCCAUAAUGACUAGGACAGGACCAUAUACAAGAGGGCAACGCAGGAAGAUGAUUCUGAGUCAACAAACAUUAAAUGGACUCAAAAUUACAGUGAAUUCUAUUGUAGAAUGCACAAAAUUUCUUUUAAGAGAAGGAGCCUUUUUUAUAUUGACACAUAGAUUUAAUCAAGAUCCCCUGGAAGAAGAUUUUGCUCACUAUCGACAGAAAGGUGGAUCAAACGACAACCCAACAGUCUAUGAUGUCAGGAACACAUUGUCCCAACUUCGGGUGAUUGGAUCAGGAGCACUUGCACCUAUUCGAGGCAAUGUUUCCAAAAAGAAAAACAGGGACCACUUGCUGUUGACAAUACCCCACUUGCCAAAAGGAGAAGAUAAUAAUAUUGUGAACAUGUGACUGAUGGAUAGUUUGUACAAUCUUGUACAGUGAUCAUGGUGCUAAUCAAAAACAGUGAACUGUGAAACUUGCCAUUCAGUGUAAACCGAUCUUGCACAUUGUAUGUGCACUGUUAAGCAUGAUUUUGUGAAACUAAAUGAAUAAUGUUCCAUAACUUGAUAAGCAAAAUAGUUCAGUGUUAACUGUUGAAACAGAAAUAGUUAAAACUAUCAAAUGAGUUAUAUCGUGACUACAUAACACAGCAGACCUAAUAAUAGAAAAUCCAAAAUAAAUGAAGAAGACAACUUGUUUAAGGUUGUAUUUUUUAAACUUUAAAGUUUUGCAGCCAAACUGCACUCAAGUAUGUAAACAAGGUAUAAUAAAUGCUUUGGGUGAUUCAACAUAUGUCACAAUUGACAUACAAGAUUAAAAUACAGUUUAGCUUUGUGUUGAUAACCAGGAGUUACUAUACAAUUACAAUAUACAUAGGAAGAUAAUUUUUGUCAUGGUAGCUAGGAAUCAUUGUAGGUUUCGAAGUCGUUUCCUCAGAGAUUGGGACUUUUUCCCUUUUAAACUUGCUUUAGCAUUUUCCUUCUGGGAUUGUCUUUGUACAUGUUUUGCAACAGCUCUUCCACGGAGUC